AUAGCACACGCAUCAAACAUUUCUGAUUCUAGCAUCUUCCAACACUUAGAACAUACAACACGUGAAGUUUUAUUAAAUCAAAAUGAAGACGGCAAAAGAUAAAUUAAAAAAGAAUGAUGACAUGAAACAUCAAGAAAAGCUUGUUGAUGUUGCAGAGAAAAGCAAAACAAUCAAAAAGGCACCGAAAUUAAAGAAACCUAAAGCGGCGAAACCCGCCAAAAAAGAGGCGACCGUAAAGGAGGCAAAAGAGAGCCCGAAGAAAUUAUCUGUCGCUGAUUUAGCCAAAAUCGAAAAGAAAAAGGCCAAGAAACAAGCACAAAAGUUAAAGAAACAACAGAAAAAGUUAACGGCCGAUGCAGUAGAGAAGAAAUCUAAAUUAAUAGUCAAAGCCGCGCCAAAAACUGAGGUAACACCGGACAAAAAGAAGAGUGUACCAGAAGCAAAAUCAGCAACAAAGUUGGCCAAAAAAACGAAAGGGAAAAAGAACAAGAAGAAAAAUGAUGAGGAUGAAGAUGAAGUGAAGCGGAUACGAGAUCCUGCCGCCGAAGCUGCGACAAUAUUUGUUGGAAAUCUUCCCAUAAAUACAAAACGCGUUCAAAUUGUGCGCUUACUUAAGCCUUUUGGAGCGGUCCAUUCAAUCCGUCUGCGUACGGCCGGUGGAAAGAAGCUGUUUAAGCUCAAGCAGCGCAAGGCAGCUGUCUCCCUAAAUGCGUACGUGGUACUAGACAACCCAGAGAUAGCACAAAAAGCGCUGGCGCUGAAUGGUACGCAAUUUAAAGAGAAUCACUUGCGUGUUACGCCUGCAGCGAAAUGCGGCGAAGUGAAAGAUGUUGGCAAUGGGCAAGCAUCUAGCGAAGCCGACGUCAAGCGAACCGUAUUCAUAGGGAAUCUUAAAUACUCGGCUAGUGAGGAAAAGUUGCGGGAGAUCUUCUCCAGCUGUGGCGAAAUUGACUACAUACGCUGUCUACAGGACGGCGAGAAGGGCUGCAAGGGUGUGGCAUAUGUUUGUUUCCAGAAACCAGAUGCUGUCGGUCUAGCACUGGAGCUGAAUGAGACGCUGCUGGAUGAUAGACCCAUACACGUGGAACGCUACUCUGUGAAGAAACUGGGAGCUAAGCAGGCUCGCGAUGCUGUUACUGCGGCGGGACCGCAAACCAAGUCCAAAAAGAAACAAAAUGCGGUGGGUGCUAAGAAACGCAUAGAUAAACGACAAAAAGAGCAAGCAAAAGGCCAAGAACCCGUCAAGUCACCAGCUGGUAAAAAGAAAUCUGAAUACCGAGGCGUUAAAGUUGAUGCAAUCAAAAAGAACAAGAAGCCAAAAAAGAAAACUAAUAGCCAAAUGAAUACACUGGCCAAGAAAAUAGCGCCAAAAGCUAGCAAUUAAGUUGAAACAAUUCAUUAGGAUUUUCCAAUUUUGAAUUAAAAUUCAUGUUAGGCAUUGUAAAUAUUUUACUGACAGCGGAACAAAUAUUGUUUGGGUUUAGAUUUUCUUUCAUUGCUAAACAUUAAUAAACCGAGUUUUUAAACUGGUA